ACAUAAUUGACAGUUCUUUGUUGACACGUGCAGACAUAACCUAAUUUUUUAUCAUUAUUUAACUUUUCCCAACUUCGGGAGACUAUAAAAGCAUCAAUUUUGUUGGAAAGGGUUUCUGUGAAUAUUUUUGCAAAUAUUGAUAACACAGAAAAUGCCAAAGACACGGAAAUUUAUCGAUAAAAAGAAGGCGAUUACCUUCCAACUGGUCCACAGAAGCCAGCAGGACCCCCUAAUAGCGGACGAGAACGCUCCUCAGAGAGUCCUCGUCCCAAUACAUGAGAAAGAAAAACGCUUGGAGGAGCAACAUAAAUAUGGAAUUUACUACAACGACGACUGCAACUAUUUGGAACACUUGAAAGACUCCAAAGACAAUCAAGUAGAAUGGCCCGACCAUGUGGAAAAGUCUCUCAAAGAGAGAAGGGUCAAGCUGGACUUGCCUGCCACAGUUUUUGCCUCAAAACAUGAGGAAAAAGAGGGAAUGUUGAGCAAGGCCGCUCCAGUUUCAGGGCCUCAACUUCAAUUGGACCCUGAUUUGGUUGCGGCAAUGGACGAAGAUUUUGAUUACUCAGAUCCUGAGAAUCAGUUGGAGGAUAAUUUUAUUGAGUUAGCUGAAGGUGUUGCUUCUGAUCAAGAAUUUGAUGAUGAGUUUGAAGUGGAAUCUGAUUUGGGCAGUGAAGAGAGAGAUGAAGUUGGAUCUUUACCAGACUCUCAACUCUCUUUCAACGAAGAAGAAACAAAGUCAAGAUUUACAAGUUAUUCCAUGACUAGUUCUGUUAUAAGGAGGAACGAGCAGCUCACUUUGCUCGAUGAUAGAUUUGAACAGAUGUAUGCUGAUUAUGACGACAACGAAAUUGGGGCUUUGGACUGCGAAGAGAUAGAAGGGCAUGUACCUGAAAGCUCUGACAUACUCCUACAAUAUGCCCAAGAAUUUGAAAAGAGCCAACAAAAUGAAAAAUUAGAUAAGGAAGUUAUAAAGGCGAAAAUUGAUGAAAGCUUAACUAAAGACUCUAAAAGUGAGGAGGAGAUGGUGUACAUGGAAGUACCGCAGAAGGAAAAAUGGGAUUGUGAGUCUAUCCUGAGCACCUACUCCAAUAUUUACAACCACCCAAAACUGAUCAAGGAACCAGCUAAGGAAAAAAUUCAAAUCAGUAAGAAAACCGGCAUUCCGAUGAACAUUUUGGGUUCGAAUAAAUUGACUCAAAAGGCUUUAGAUAAGCUGAAUCUAGAGAACGAAUUUAUUGAAAGUAGGGGCCCAAAAUCAACAGGAGUGCAGUCUGUGAUUUCGCAAUUGUCCACACUUUCAGUGCGGCCAAGGGGCGAAACUCCGGACGAGAGAAGAGACAGGAAAAAACUUUUGAAGGAUUAUAAAAGAGAGCGCCGACUUGAGAAAAAAGCCAAUGCUUUAGCAUUUAAAGAAGAGGCAAAGAGACAAGUUAAAAUAAGCAUGAAUAACCGGAAUAAUGUUCAAGGGAAUAAAAUUUUGUAAUUUGUUGUAUUAUUGGCGAUUUUGUUUAAAUAAAGUUAGAGGAAAUCAA